AUGGCACCUGCAGGCAUUCGCUGGUUUCUGGACAGCCAUGGAGAAACUGAAGAUUGUGUUUGCUGUUGUCUUGUUUUUGGGAAGGUCCUCAGCAGCCUCUCUGGGCGUGGUACAAACAGAAGGGGGCGAUGUUCAGGGACAAAAUAUCCCCCUCGGUCUUUUCUGCUCCGUGGAAACCUGGGCUUCCUCAGUACAAGGGACUCUCGCUUACCUGGAAACUACGGUCUGUGGGACCAGCAUGCUUCCAUCGCCUGGGUGCACAGGAACAUCCGCUCGUUUGGAGGAGUCCCUGACAACGUCGCCAUCUUUGGAGAGUCUGCAGGUGGAGCUAGUGUCAGCUUCCAGAUCCCUGGUGUGAAAAACCUGCUUCUGUCUCCUGUUGUUGAUGGAGACUUCCUCCCUGAUCAGCCUGGCAACUUGUUCCACAACGCUGCUGAAAUUGACUAUCUUGCAGGUGUUAAUGACGUGGAUGGACACCUCUUCACCUCGCAGGACAUUCCUUCCAUUGAGACGAUUUAAAGAGGCUCCUUGCUGCUUAUACCAAAUAGAAGGGGCAAGCUGGUUUGGAGACUGCCUUUUCUGAAUACUCAUCCAAAUGGGGAUCAACACCCAGCCAGAACACCAUUAAGAGAACUGCUGUGGACAUUGGGACUGACUACAUCUUCCUGCUUCCUAUACAGACUGCCAUCUACCUGCAUGCUGCUAACGCCAC